UAAACAAACGACAUUUAUUGUGAAGCUACCGUUGCGACCACAUCCUCGAGCCUUUCGUUGUCGAAGGGUGGGUCAGAUGAUCUCACGCUUGCUCAAUAAUCCCGUUAACGGUGGACGGAAUGGUCCAGAUCAGUUCUGAGUAUUUCUGCGCAACCCAUGUUCUGAUACGCAGUGUUAGUUUCACACUGUUGUGUCGUCUUAACAGCUAAGGAUAAGCUAGCUAGCUAACGUUAGCCAAACGUUAACGUUGGUUAGUAAAUAAGCGCUGUGUUGUGACGCUACCAGGCUAAACACCGCAUCAUUCAAUAAAGUAUGAAGCAAUACGCAUUAUAAGUAAAAAUAAAAAUAGUGCUUGUGCAAAAUAUUUAAAGAAAGCCUACGAUCAACGACACACUUUAUAAAGCUAGGCUAGCUAAUGCUAAAUAGCCUACGCUACACCGUAGCAGAAGUCAAAAAUAUAAACGGUGAACCGUCAUUAUUAAAGCAAAGAUUCCGGGUUUUUGUGGAUAUAUUGAAUAUAAAAGAUGCAAAUGAGUAACGCCACUGAAACGAGCAAGGCUAACCGCUUGCUAACUAGGCCAGUGUGUUGAUACGGGGUCGGCGUAUUUGCUGGAAAGUAACGCUUCCCUUGAGAGUUUCCGUCUCAUUCUUGCGAUUAAUGUAACCGUUUGUGGUUUGAUCGCUCUGUUGGAACAAUGUGAACCGCGGCUUGUAAAAAUACACGAACAGGAUAUAAAACAGUCGUCGUUUGUAUUUCUCCGUCACAUGAAACCCUCGAAGAACUAGUUGAGUUUCAGGACGUAGACAGACCCUGGUGUUGCAAGCAGCACUAAAGCUUUCUUUUAGUUGGCUGCUACUUAACGUUAGCAAACUAGUUAGAUUCAACCCGCUAACCAAGCUAGUCAAAUAGCGAUCUAGCCGGUCUAGUUUAUUAAAACUAUUGAUUAAGAAUAUGUAAAACAACCAAUACAAGCAUAUUGUGGAAAAAGGGGUAGAAUUAAUUGUUUUUGUAAGUAUUGCACUAUUGCACAUUUAUGAUAAGCAUGUGAAAUGAAAUGAUACUGAAGGGUGCUUGCACACACAAUGCCUCAUUGUCUAAUGGACAGAACUUAGUCAGUGCAUGGACUGCAUUUGUAGCUGUGCAUGUUUCGCUGCAUCUCACACACUUUCCUGCCAGUUUUCACAAAGGGCUGCGCGCGCGUCCGUGUGUUCCUCAGCCCGUGUCCUCUUAUGGUAACUUAGGUGACUGCUCUCUGCUAGCGCUGCUUGUGAAGCCUGGGAAGUGGCUGCAAACAACACAGGCCUGGUGCUUCUACUAAUAGAAGCAGGCAGAGUUUCAGUUCGGCUGAAGGAGGGAUCCUUUGAGGAAGACGUGACACGUUCCUGUUCGUACGGAACCUAGUGAGAUUGAGAAAUCCUGCCGAGGGUUCCCAUGUUCUCGAAUCAAGGAGCCGUGCAGCUACAGAACCAGAGCUGCUCCUGCAUAGAUCACAGCUUGCAGGGAUUAGCAGACAUGACUUAAUCUCACCCUAUCUAACGUGGUUGUGGUUGCAACUGAGAGGAGAUAGCAGCGAGCGACUUUGUUAUAGGCUCACUCGUGGCCUUGAAGUGUAAACGUAGGUAAUGAUUGAUAUCCAGCUCCGCAUGGGCGGCUGUGAUCUUUCGAUUUCCAUGAACGCAGCAACUCCACGUUGUUGUUUUUGCAACAGCGACAGACACGGGAGGCAUCGGCUGCAUGAAAUGAGUGAGUGGAGGAAGCACAGCACAAUAAGCGCACGCCACCCACCCUGGAAGCAGGCUUGUUUAUUCGUCUGCGGCCUGAGGUAUCGGAAAAGAUCAUGUUUUCUUCUCACCGUGAGGGGAACCUGCUCCAGCCACCCUGUUGAGUUCUGCACCCCUCUGUUGGAACCCCCUGGAGAAGUAGAACCCUGCCUUUGAUUUUAUACCAUAUUAUAUCAGCAUGUAGGUGCGUGCUGCACACAUGGCUGCAGAAUAUAUAUUUGAUACAGGAUUGAUUAUUGUUGGGAGUUUAGCAGUUACUGUAAAUAACCAACAGGGGGCGCUGUAUCACAAUUCUUUGACAAAUUCCAAAAGUAGCUUUUCUGUUUAUAAUACAGACUUUCUUCUGUCUCUGCUUUGUGUCAAAAAUGUUUAUUUAUAUAUUUAUUUGGUGGAAUUUAUCGUGGCUGCCUUCGUAGGUUUAGACCUGGGAUUUAUAAUGAUUUCUCCAUUAGACAAAUUUUGCACAUUAAGUAGUAAAAUGAAAAGUUUUCUCAUUUGCUUUCAUUUCUGAGGUAUCUAUGAUUCUAAGAUUUGUUGCUGUUCCAUCCAAAAACAACGCUUUUGGUGUUUGUAUUUUCAGUUUCAAACAGCAUAUGACAACUAUGUAUGUUACUGUAAAAUUAUCCCUGUUGUUGUGAUGAAUCCUUAAAUAAACUUGGAUGUUGUGUUCCUGUCUUGGAAGCCACACCCUCAACGAGGAAAUGAUUAUUUAACACACAUGUGUGAAUUUGUUGCCAGUUUAGACGCUGAGCUCUUUUUAUAACGUCAUGAAGAAUUAUUUCUCUUAUUAGAAAUGAGAGCAGAGUGUGAGCACCAGCCAGUGACGUCACGCCGAAGACAACCGCUGAACGCUUGUUACAUGUUAAAUCAUACGUCUAAAUCCUAUAACAGAGUGAAUAACACCCAGUUUUAAUUAGACAAAGGAAACCAAAGAAAAAGGACCGAACACGUUACAUGUCACAAAAUGACAACUGGAGAAUUUAACCUUAUAUAACUUAAUCCUCCUUGUGUGAACAGAGCAGCAGUAGGUCUGUUCAAGUCUCGGCUUGUCCACAUAUUUUGUUGUAGUAGUUGUAGUAAUAGUUUUGGGACUCUUCAUUUAUGUGAUCGUGAUAAUUGCACGUGUCAAAACGUCAAACGUAGCUGCGGACUUUCCGCGUGUCCCACAGUUCGUCAGGAGGUAUUUGUGUGUGUGUGUGUGUGUGUGUGUGUGUGUGUGUGUGUGUGUGUGUGUGUGUGUGUGUGUGUGUGUUUGUGUGUGUGUGUGCCAGGGGGCGUAAAGUGUGCGCGUUUGUUGGAGUCAUAUUACGCGCAGGCAUGGAUCGCAGGACCGGCUGGGACUUUUUAAACAUAUGGAAAAGAUAUAACCACUGCGCUCGUCUCUCUCUCUCUCUCUCUCUCUCUCUCUCUCUCUCUCUGUCUCUGAGUUUGUGGAGCGACACAAAUCCACACUCGCCUGAAGACACCUGCAGCCUCACACUUCGCCCCGUUUCGCUCACCGGACCGGGCGGUGAGUCCAGUUUCCAGGUCUCGCUCGCUGAGCCGGUCUAAAACUACGCCGGAGCGUCUUUGAGUGAGAGAACGCGUCGGCAGCAGCAUGUCUAGUCCCCGAGAGCAGCGGAGGAAAGUUGGGGAAAAGUCGACGGACCCUCUGAAAAGGCUCGGACUCGUGGACAACGAGGACAUACGCGUGAUGAUGCGGGGCUCCAGCAUGGUGAAGGUGCGCUCGCCGCGGUGGCAGAAGAGCCGGACCCUGCAGCUGCUGGAGGACGGGCUCACCGUGUGGUGCGAGUCCACCAAGAGCUCCCGCAAAGCCAAGUCCCAGCAGACGUUCGCAGUGACGGAGGUGGAGUGCGUGCGCGAAGGCUGCCAGUCGGAGGCGCUGAGGCCCCUGUCCGGGUCGGUGCCGGAGAACCGGUGCUUCACCGUGGUCUUCAAAGGAACCAGGAAGAGCCUGGACCUGCUGUGCACGUGCGAGGCCGAAGCCCAGCACUGGGUGCGAGGGCUGCGCGCGUUAAAGGAGGGCGUGGCCACCAUGAGUCAGAAGGACAAACUGGACCAUUGGUUCCGAGGCUACGUGAGGCGAGCCGACCAGAACCAGGACGGCAAGAUGAGCUACGACGAGGUCAAGCGGCUGCUGCUGAUGAUCAACAUCGACCUGAGCGAGCACUACGCCCGCGCCUUGUUCAAGAGGUGUGACCGAUCCGGUGACGGGCGCCUGGAUCACAUAGAGAUCGAGGAGUUCUGCAGGGAGCUGAUGCGUCGGCCCGAGCUGGACGCCGUGUUCAGGCACUACUCGAGUAACGGGUGCGUGCUGUCCAUAGCGGAGCUGAGGGACUUCCUGGGCGACCAAGGCGAGGACGCCUCGCUGGGCCACGCUCAGAAACUCAUACUCACCUAUGAGCUCAACGAGUGGGCUCAGAAGAACCAGUUAAUGACGCAGAACGGCUUCACUAUGUACAUGCUGUCGCUGGAGAACGACGUGUUCAACCCCGACCAUGCCCGGGUCCACCAGGACAUGACGCACCCCCUGGCCCACUACUUCAUCUCCUCCUCACACAACACCUACCUGACCAAGGACCAAGUCACGGGCGCCAGCAGCACCGAACCGUACAUCAGGGCUCUGAAUCAGGGCUGUCGCUGCGUGGAGCUGGACUGUUGGGACGGCGAUAAAGGCGAACCUGUCAUCUACCACGGCCACACGCUCACCUCCAAAGUGCCCUUUAAGGAGGUCAUCGAAACCAUCAACCAGUAUGCCUUCAAGGCGUCCCCGUACCCUCUGAUCCUGUCCUUGGAGAACCACUGUUCCGUGGAGCAGCAGGCCGUCAUGGCCAAACACCUCCGCACCAUCCUGGGCCACAAACUGCUCACCAAGGCCCUCAGCGACAGUCCGCUGAUCCAGGAGCUGCCUUCUCCUGAGGAGCUGAAGGGGCGUAUUCUGGUGAAAGGAAAGAAGCACGCGCCUCACCUGGGGCAGGUGGGGAAGACCAGCAGCACCACCAGCUUCUCCUCCAGCUCGGACGACGAGUUAACGGGCAGUAAGAACACGCCCAGGACGGAUCCUGCAAAGGUCAGUGCCAAACUGAGCCCGGAGCUGUCUGACCUGGUGGUGUACUGCAGGAGUGUUCCCUUCCACGGCUUUGGAAACGCAUGUGAAAAACCGCCCAACGAAAUGUCCUCCUUCUCCGAGAGCGAAGCCCUCAGGCUCAUCAAAGACUCUGGAAAGCUUUUCGUAAGACACAACAGCAGGCAGCUGAGCCGGAUCUACCCUUCUGGCCAGCGCCUCCAAUCAUCCAACUAUGAUCCCCAGGAAAUGUGGAACUGUGGCUGCCAGAUGGUGGCUCUAAACUUCCAGACCCCCGGUGAGCAGAUGGACCUGAACCAGGGCUGCUUCCUCGCCAACGGCCGCUGUGGCUACGUCAUCAAACCGAGCUUCCUGUGCAGCCCGACAUCCGACUUUAACCCAGAGAACACAGGGGGAGGACCCGGCCACAUCCCCACCCAGCUGACUCUACGGAUAAUAUCUGCACAGCAGCUGCCAAAAAUCAACACGCAGAAGGCAAGCUCCAUUGUGGAUCCGCAAGUGUGGGUGGAAAUUCAUGGAGUGGCUAUUGAUAAUGCAAAACAAAAAACACAGCGCAUUGAUAAUAAUGGUUUUAACCCGCGAUGGGACUGCACGCUGAGCUUCCAAAUGCAGGUGCCUGAACUGGCCCUGGUGCGGUUUGUUGUGGAGGACCACGACCACACGUCCAAAAAUGACUUUGUGGGACAAUUUACUUUACCUUUCACAAGCAUACGCACAGGUUAUCGACAUGUGCACUUGUUAAAGGCAGAUGGUUCCAGUCUGUCCCCAGCCACACUUUUUAUUCACGUCAAAGUGAGUCGCAGAGGAAUUCCCAUCAAAAGUGUGUCUGAGCGAAUGAAGAUGGCCAAAGCUAAGGCAUGACAAGCCUCUGAAUGAGAUGGAAAGAUGCAUAUUUAGACACAAAGGGCUUUGGAAAAACACAACUUUGGAUAUAAGAAGAGAGAAAGACCCACUGUUGCGGCGAGUCUGUCCCACAAUGGUUCAGUUUAGACUGAGUCACUUUCCAAAGAUGCCUUUUGAUGCCUCUGAUUUGCAUCGGACUGAAAGAAGAAUCCAUGAUACUGGGGGAGCAUUUGGUCAUGCCAGUGCUGACUGCCCCAGAAACACAGCACUAAUCUUGGACUUCUAACAAAAUAAAAUUUUGAUGUUAGUCAAUGUGUAGGAAGUUUACCCUCAUGUUUUAGAAAAAGGUACAAUAACACUUUUAUCUUUUUUAUAUGAAAUAAUGAUAUAUAAUAAUAUAUAAAAAAUAA